AUGGCAAUCUCAGAGGAUCAACGGCGGGCCCGCAGACCCGGAGUCAUGCACGUCGCCGUCCUCGAAUGCGAGACGUUGCCCGAUGCUAUUGUCGAGGCUCGCGGUAAUUUCGCCAACAUCUUUAACCAAUGGCUCCAGACGGGCGUCAACAAGGUCAACUACAAAAGACCACCCCAGAGACGCACCUCCAUUGAGGUGACCAGGUGGCCUGUGGUGCAUGGAGUAUACCCGAGUGACAUCACCAAGGUGGACGCUUUCAUCAUCACAGGCUCCAUUUGCAGUGCCUAUGAUGACUAUCCUUGGAUCCGGGCGCUGGAGGAGUUCGUUAGAGUGGUAUAUGAUACUCACCCUCACAUCAAAUUCUUCGGCGGUUGCUUUGGCCACCAACUACUUGCCCGCGUCUUUCUUGGCGAACAUGGAGUAAAGGUGGUUGGGGCCGACUAUGGCUGGGAGAACGGCGUCCACGAUGUCAAUCUUACACCUCAGUUUGUGUCACAGUUCCCUUUCCUCCAAGGACAGACAAUGCGGUAUCAGUUCCUCCACAGCGAUGAGGUUGUCACGACUCAACCUCUGCCCCGGGGCUGGCUCUCGGUCGGGUCGUCCGACAUGUGCAAGAACCAGGGGCUGUACCAGCCUGGAAGAGUCCUGACCUAUCAAGGUCAUCCUGAAUUCGACCGACGCAUCCUGUACUACUUUACCGACUUUCUAGGCAGUACUGGAACCAUUGACAACGACGUCUACGAGACAUCGCUCAAACUUAUUGAUCGGGAUUCUACGAGCCAAUUGGCUGCCGAGGUGGUGGUGAGGUUUCUGGAAAUUUGA